AUGACAUACAAAAUCGAAAUCGCGAAAGAUGAGGACCUGCCAGAGAUUAUGGGCAUUUUAUGGAAAUGUUUCGAAGAUCCUUACCAACCCGUUCUCCGUGUCUUCUUUCCCAUCCUCGACAAUGACCGUGAAGCCAGUUUACUCACUGCCACCAACGGCCAACGAGAGGAGUACAAGGAGGCCUAUCCAGAACUCAUCUGGUUAAAGGUGACCGACGAGAAGACAAACAAAAUCGUCGCAGGAGCCAAAUGGUACUUUUACCAACGAAACCCCUUUGUACCCAAACCAGGCGAGAGCCACGACCCUUCAAAUGAAGUCGCUGUUUGGUACCCCGAGGGCGUCGGAAGGGAUCUCGCAACCUUGGUGAUGCAUGCCUUUGAGGAGCCGAGGACAAGAAUGGGCCAGAAAGAGCAUUCAUGUAUAAUCUCAACAUUAUUUUUACUCUCCCCGAGCACCAGCAAAGAGGGAUCGGCAAAUCUAUCCUUGACUGGGGCCUCGCAAAAGCCGAUGAACUGGGCCUCGAUUCCUGGCUUGAUGCAUCUAAGUUUGGGUUCUCACUAUACCAAAAGUUUUUUGACUGAAAUGACUCGAUUCAAGGGCGAUACUUGGACCCCCGCGAUAAACGUUACAUGCUGGUUUUUAAUGGUCGUUGCGAUAUUAGGAAUUAUUGUACGAUUGGGGACAAAAGCAUGGAUUUAUCGCAAGUUCACUCCCGAUGAUUAUGUGAUUAUUCUUUCUAUUAUAUUCGAAAUAGCCCAAGUAAUCGCAACGUCCGUAGCCACGGCAUACGGCUAUGGAGAGCAUAUCAAAACACUGAGCGAGAGCCAGCUAACAGCAAUGCUGAAAGGCCAGUACGCGGCGCAGAUUCUUAGCAUUGUCUCCCUGGCGAGCUCGAAAAUUUCUUAUGUCAUGUUCCUCCGAAGCAUCACGGUAGUUCCAGCUGAUCGUAUGAUUGCACUCAUCUUUAUCAUCGGUUUAUCCCUAUGGGGACUCGUUUCUGUCAUCACUGUUGCGUUUCAAUGCCAACCUCUUCCUACUUGGGAUUACUUGAGUGGAAAAUGUUACGACAGGCAAUCAUGGCAGAAUUUCUUCAGCGCAUCGAAUAUAGCUACGGAAGUAGCUAUUGUAUCACAUACUCUAAUAGUCAUUGCCCUUACAAACGCGAUACCUCUGGCUAAUAGAACUUCUUCUUCCAGUGUCGUCGCUGCUACAAUCGCUCAUAUCGUCGUCCUCAACAAAACAUUUGAUGAUCCAGACGUUACCUAUGCAACGUGGUCUGUGUCGGUUACAGACCAGUUGAUUUUAACUUCGAGCAUCAUAACUGCCUGCUCGGCGCAGUUAAAGCCGUUCCUCGACAGCCUCCGGUCCAGCGGUAUGCGUCUCGAUGCACUGACAGGCAGUUAUCACUAUAAAUCACAACGGCAUUACGGUCACAAUUCCUCCCACGACAGAUACGCCGGCUAUGGUUCACAAACUGCAUCGAAACGGCGCUCGAUCAACUUGCGAAAUCUUACGGGGAAAGGUCCAAGCAUAGGCAAAGAUCUUGGAGAAAGUGAGGCAUAUGUAUCUACCUCACACCCUUCACCCGACUGGGAUACAGCUAGUGCGACGAGCGAGUCUAGGAUCAUUCGUGAAGUAAGGACCUUCACUGUGACCGAAGAGCCUCGCCAUCCGUCUAACCCUGACGAUGUAAAUUGA